AUGGAUAUGACGACAACUAAGGAAGUCUAUUACUGCCCCAGUGAUUUCGAAGCCUCAGGAGCCGGCGGUGUGGAGGAUAUUGUCCCGGUCCUCUCGCCGUCGUCAUCAUACGACGGGCCAAGUAGGAGGUGCCCCGCAAGCCUCCUACGGAAUAAUGCCCCUGCGAAGACCUUCCCUCUGCGCCUGCGAGGGGGAGGUGAUCCGGAGGAUCCCAAGAACAUUAUGGAUAACUCCAAACAAGGGGGAGCAAAUACUACCAAGGCAGGACCCAGCAAGCCUGGCCCACGUUGCUCCAAGGAACAGCGUAGCCAGAAGGAAGGGGAAGAAUCACGGAUGACAAGAGAAAGGGAACGAACCCGGGCAAAGACGCAGAAGAACAGGGAGAAGAAUAGGCACAUAGUGAGGAGGGGGGUGAUGAUUGAUGACUCGGGGGAGGAGCCGAACUCCUCCUCCGACAGGUCGUCCACUCUCUCGGACUACUGUGACUCAGAGCCUGAAAUGUCCGAAGAUGCCAGUAUGCGCGUCACAAGGAGUCGCAGCUCUUCGCUAGCCUGCUCGCACGGAAGCUCGCGUAAGAGAAGUGCUGAACCAAUGGAAGUCGGUGGCUCGGGUGGGGAAGAACUUCCUCCCAAAACUGAAGACCCCAUUCGGCAGAAAGCGAAAAGACACAAACAAGAAAGGCCGGCCCACACCGAAGAACAUGUGGGCCAAUUCAAAAGAGAAAUUGGCGGAGAAGGACAGGAUGCGCGCUAUAGAGAUCGCUGA